AUUUGUUUCCGGUUGUCACCGUUUCAUCUGACCCCGGCAAGAAACCGGUUCGGUUUCCUUCUAAAGAUAAAAGUCCGUGGUUUGAAACGUUCCAGGGCGCCCCCCCCUCCGUGUGUGAUCCCUGAUGGGCAGCUGGUCUCGCAGCGCCGUGCUGGAGCUCUACAGGGCGCUGCUCCGAGCCGGGCGUCGCCUUCACUACACCGACAAGAACUACUACCGCUGGGCCGUGGCCCGCGAGUUUCGCCGCUGCCAGGCCCUGACUGUUUCUGAGCAGAAGGAGGCGGCGCUGAAGAGGGGCCAGUUCUUUCUCAAAAGUGGACUGGGUGGGCUUAUGUAAGGGGGGAGGCACCGCGGGCCGUCUGGAGGUGCGUCUCUCAGUGGCAGGAUGGCAGGAGUCAACGGAGACCGCAAAGGGAAGAAGGACGACAACGGCAUCGGAACAGCUAUCGACUUCAUGCUGUCCAACGCCAAGCUGGUGCUGGGGGUGGGCGGGGCAGCCAUGCUUGGCAUCGCAACACUAGCUGUCAAAAGAAUGUACGACCGUGCCAUAAGCGCCCCCACCAGCCCCACCAAGAUGGAGAAGACGGGAAAGAGGAGCUGGGAGGAGCCUACUUGGAUGGGGUCUUCGCCACGAGUCCUGAACCACAACAUGAAGUCCACGGUCAGCAGGUCUCUCCAGUCUCUGCCCACGUCCUCACAUUCUUUUGAGCCAGACUGUCAGCGGAGAGCCAUGGGGCGCUCUGCUGUGGGAAGAGGCGCCGCCGCUCAGUCUGACCUGCUGCGGGCACGGAUGCGCCUGUCCCUGCAGGAGCGUCUGUGGGCGUUCUACCAGAGCAGCGUCAGCAUCCCCGCUGAGGAGCAGGCCGCAGCCAGAAAGGCGGCUCUGGACAUCUGCGCUGAGCUCAGGGUGUUCCUUCAUGCCAAACUGCCGGACAUGCCGCUCCGAGAGAUGUACCUGAGCGGCAGCUUGUACGAUGACCUUCAGGUGGUGACAGCUGACCACGCCCAGCUGAUGGUUCCUCUCGUCCUGGAGAAGAAUCUGUGGUCGUCCAUUCCAGGAGAGGACACCAUCAUGAACCUCCCAGGGUUCUGGCUGCUCCGCAGGGAGAACCUGGAGUAUUUCCCACGGAACAGCAGCUACUGGGACCGCUGCAUGGUCGGAGGUUACCUCUCCCCCAAAGUGGUCCUCGAGGUCUUCGACAAGCUGGUUGCCGGCUCCAUCAACUGGCCGGCCAUCGGGAGCGUCCUGGAUUACAUCAUCCGUCCUGUGGUUCCCUCGGAGACGCUGACCCUGGAGGUUCAGUACGAGACCAACCGCAGGCUCUACGUGGACUUCCUGCCUUUGCUCGUGAUGGAGGACGGAACCUCGCUGAUCGCCAAGCCGCACCGGCUCGCUGCGGAGCGCCACGAGAACCUGUGGCGGCAGAGCUUCCGCGUGGCCGAGACGGCGCGCCUCAGGGCGCUGGAUCAGGAGGACGGGGGCUGCCGCUGCGCCUGCCUGAAGGUGGCGAAGGCCGUGUGCAAGCUCACCCCGGCUCUGAGCCGACUCAACGCCAGCCAGCUCACCAACGCCAUCCUGCUGCUGAGCGAGAAGGAGGGGGACUGGACCCAGGAGGCGCUGGCCGACCGCUUCCUUCAGCUGCUGCGGACACUGGUGGAGCACCUGGAGGCUGGGAGGCUGCCGUGCGCCCUCAGCCCCAAGGUGAACCUCUUCUGUGAGCUGACGGAACAGGAAGUGGACGAGCUGGGGUACACGCUGUACUGCGCCCUGUCGGAGCCCGAGGGGCUGCUGAGGACUGCAGAGCCGCAGGUCUGAGCCCGAUUCUCCGGUACACUCGUGACUCGUGCAUGGAAAACCUUUUUACUGCCUCCCUGAAAACAUCCGUACGUAAACACGAGUUUCAUGUUGGAGCUGACCCAAAUAUUUUAAUCUAGAAGGAAGUGGAGUAACUAAUUACAGCCAGUGUAUUCAUGAAAUGCAGUUCGUCAAAACGUAAGAUUUAUUUUUUUUAGAUGGAUUUGUGUCACAGCAUCAAGAGAUAAAAUAUAACGAAUGUCUGAAUACCCGUCCUAAAGGUUAAUAAAUUCUCCAUCAGCU